AUGAGUCAAACAAGCAUAGCCGUUUUGGCAGCCAGUGUUGGAGUUGUGGAGGCCAUGAAAGACCAGCUGGGGAUCUGCAGGUGGAAUCAUGUCAUCAGAUCAACGCAGCAAAAUGCCAAGAACCAUCUCAGGUCCAUGUCUCAGGCCAAGAGCCUUUCUCCUUCAACUUCUGCAAUGGUUCUGAGCAAAGCAAGAGAGGAGAAACUGAGGCAGUCAGAGGAGACUUUGAGGACGUGGAGCAUGAACAAGUUCUGUAAGUCCUUAAAUCCACUUUGGAAGAAGGUUAGUCGUGCAACUAUUAGGAAUGACUGCUUUACUACGUACAACAUUGAGAAUAAGAAGUUGAAAACAUUGUUGGGGAAGGGGCAGUGGACGAGGUCAACAUCACCACAGAUACGCGGACAAGGCAUUGAGGACAAGGUAUUUACAAUAACAAUUGAUAAUGUUAAAGCAAAUGAUACUGCCAUCAUAAUUCUUAAAGAUGAUUUCGAGUUAAGGGAAGUCUUGCCUAUUGGAGGUCAAUUAUUUCAUGUGCGAUGUUGUGCUCAUGUUACUAACUUGUUGGUGCAAGCAGGACUUGCUGAAAUUGGAGACAUAAUUGAUUCAGUUAGAGAGGGUAUCAAGUAUAUUUUGGCUUCUGAGAGUUAG